ACUCUCAUCGACUUCCUGACCCCCUUUACUUCUCCAAGAAACGGAACGAACUUGAACCAGGUUCCGGCAAAAGCCGACACCGACCUCCAUAGUGUCUUUUAGAAUUCUCUAAAUGGUUCCCUUUUGAUACAGGCCCUUUUUCCUUUUCUCGUUUGGUAAAGAAGAUUGGCAACAGACCCAGCUAAACUUUCAGCAGCAACUGCACCAUUGAUGCUGAUUCUUUAAUGUAGCUUUAUGUCUAAAAACCCAAAUCUUGACAAACCUUGAGAGAUGGCUCUGAGAUCAGUACAUAUUUUCGCCAUACUUCUCCUCUGUUUCAUACAGACACAAUGUGAGAAAACCUUCAUCCCUACAGACAACUACUUAAUCAGGUGCGGAGCAGCCAGCCCAACAGAACUAACCGAUGGGCGAACAUUCCAGACAGAAGAAAACUCAGCUUCAGUUAGAAGGUCCUCACCUGGCCAGGCGGUUACAGCAUCCGCCAGUUCAAAUGUCGGUUCAGCUCUCUACAUAACUGCCCGAGUAUUCACCUCCCGGGUUUUUUACGAGUUCAACAUCAAAAAACAGGGCGAACAUUGGGUACGUCUAUAUUUCUAUCCCAUCUCCAACAAUACCCACAAUCUCAAAUCAGCUGUUUUUAGUGUCACAACAGACAAGUUCUUUUUACUCAGUUCCUUCAGUUUUAAAAACCGUGGUGGCAACAUCUAUUUGUUAAAGGAAUACAUCAUCAAUGUCGAUUCAAACAAUCUAAGAAUCAUUUUUUCUCCUGCUAAUAAUUCGCUGGCAUUUAUCAAUGCCAUUGAGGUUGUUUCGCUCCCUGAUGACCUUGUUCCAGAGAAAGCUCAGGCCAUUAGGCCUCUUGAGAUUGGUGACCUUAAUGGGUUGUCUAUGGAAACUGUGUACAGGAUCAAUAUGGGAGGACCCCAGUUGGGUUCCAAGGACGAUGCUCUUUUCAGAACCUGGGAGUCUGAUCGGAAGUAUUUGGAUGUGGAAAGUGCUGCUAAGAAUGUUUCUACUGAACCCAGGUUUAUUAACUACCCACAAGUGUUUGGUUAUGAAAUCGCCCCUCCCAAGGUUUAUGCAACUGCAGAGGAAAUGGGAGACGCUGUCACUGUAAACCCAAAUUUUAAUAUCUCCUGGAGCUUCAGCGUGGAUCCACAUUUUAACUAUUUUGUUCGGAUGCAUUUCUGUGACUUUUUGAGCAAGACUCAGUACCAGAUGUAUUUCAAUGCUUAUGUUAAUCACCAAUCUGCAUUGAUGGAUUUUGAUAUCACUGGCAAGACAGGGGGGUUGUCUAUUCCGAUAUAUAGGGAUUUUGUUGUUAAUGGAUCAAAAGAACUUCGCAUUGCAGUUGGACCUUCUAAUACCCAAUUAGGUACUGUCAAUGCCAUUCUCAAUGGAUUGGAAGUUAUGAAGAUGAGCAAUGCAAUGGGAAGUUUAGAUGGGCUAAAUGGUGUAGACGGGGUUGCUCCUCUGGAAUCCAAAAGGAAGAUGAAGGAGUUGUUUCCUAUUGUGGGAUUUGUUGCUGGAGCUUCUGCUUUCCUGGGAUUGUUAGCGGCAGGUUAUUGCUUUUUUUCCCGCACAAAGGGGGAGUCAAAGCACAGUCCCUCUGCCUGGCUGCCUCUACCCCUUCAUGGGGGAAAUUCGGAAACCAUGGCCAGCAAAGUUUCCACAGGCUCCCACAAGAGUGGUACUGGUAGCUAUGUUUCCUCUGCACCUUCAAGCCUGGGCCGGUUCUUUACAUUUGCUGAGAUACAAGAGGCUACGAAUAAUUUUGAUGAACAUUUGAUUAUCGGUGUGGGUGGCUUUGGUAAGGUUUACAAGGGUGAACUUGAAGAUGGUACGAAAGUUGCGGUUAAGCGAGGCAAUCCCAGAUCAGAGCAAGGCCUUACAGAGUUCCAAACAGAAAUUGAGAUGUUGUCCAAGCUUCGACAUCGUCAUCUCGUAUCUCUGAUUGGGUAUUGUGAGGAGCGUUGUGAAAUGAUUCUGGUCUAUGAGUUCAUGGCCAAUGGGCCACUGAGGAGUCAUCUGUAUGGGCUGGAUCUUCCACAUCUAUCUUGGAAGCAGAGGCUUGAAAUAUGCAUAGGGGCUGCAAAAGGGCUCCAUUACCUUCACACAGGAGCAGCACAGGGAAUUAUUCACCGUGAUGUCAAGACUACAAAUAUUUUGCUUGACGAGAAUCUCCUGGCUAAAGUGGCAGAUUUUGGUCUGUCAAAAACUGGACCUACAUUGGAACAGACUCAUGUCAGCACUGCAGUGAAAGGAAGUUUUGGUUAUCUGGAUCCCGAAUACUUUCGACGGCAGCAACUCACUGAGAAGUCUGAUGUGUAUUCAUUUGGAGUAGUACUAAUGGAGGUAUUGUGUGCAAGGCCUGCAAUUAACCCUGCUCUUCCAAGAGAGCAGGUUAACAUUGCAGAGUGGGCAAUGCAUUGGCAAAAAAGAGGAAUGCUUGACCAGAUUAUUGACCCCCAUCUUGUUGGCACAAUCAAUCCUGAAUCUUUACGGAAGUUUGGAGAAACUGCAGAGAAGUGUUUGGCAGAGCAGGGUAUUGAUAGGCCUGCAAUGGGAGAUGUGCUAUGGAAUUUAGAGUAUGCUCUGCAGCUACAAGAGACUUCAAUGCAAAACGAUCCGGAUGAGAAUAGUACUAAUCGCAUUGGACAUAUUCCCCUUCACUUUUCUCAUCCAGAGCCUUGUGAUAAUAGUAUCGUUGACAGGGUUAGUGAGAGGGGAAGUGACCGUGAAUUAGAAGAUACAACAACAAGUGCUGUCUUCUCACAGUUGGUGAAUCCUCGGGGAAGGUGACUGCAACGAAAAUUCUUUUGAGGGCUUACGAAAUGCAGGUUGUUCAUUUUUCCAAUGAGCAAACAUUAGUUUUCCUGUGAAGAUUUUUAAUGCUUAUGUGGAUUGUCAGUGUGGGUGUGUUUCCUUACUUCUUCCCUUAUUAAGCGGCACUCUGAUGGAUGUAUGUUGCAUGAUUCGAAGUCCAAAUUGGAUGCACCCACACUAAUUAUUUUUGUGCUAUUUUCAUUAAUAGAAGUUUAUUUUACAUUAUGUGUAACAUGAUCAAUCUGCGAUUCAUAAGUCACAGCUUGUAUAGUGAGAACGAUACAUCUAAAUAAACACAAAUUUCCUGUGUUGCAAGGAAUUUUCUUUCUUA